UUAGAUUGAUCAAAGAAGCACAGAUCAAUGAAAAUAAAGAUCAUUAUAUUUUAAAAGUGAUAUAAGCCACAAAACCAAACUGAAAUCAAAAUGGCUCUUUGUGUUGAAUAGUCAAAUGUGAUGCGAUCUGGGAAAACCCUUCGGAUGUCGUGCUGGGACGUUUUCGGGAAAUUUGAAAAAUAGGUAGACAAGCUAUGCAAUAUCACGUUCAUAUUGCGUAUUCAUCGAAGGCAAUAAUGAACGCGAUAUUGCGUAGCUUGUCAGUGAUCUACAGCUCUGUCUAUUAAAUGUCGCUCCAUUUGAAAGCAGGUGAUGGCGAUUUAGCGGUAAUCACGGAACCAGAUUUACUGACUAGAUGCGCAUGAUCAUAUCGUUAGAUAUAUCACCCAGCCCUAAUGUCCAGUCAAUAGGUCAGAAAGUUAAAAUGUGGCCAUAACCAUUCAGAGAUUUGUACACUAAGAGUAAAAUUUUAAAAUAAAUUCUGUGGCACUCGGGUAACCAGUGCAGAGAGCAUAAAAUUGGAGUGAUGUGGUCCUGGUUUAGAGUACCCUUGAUUGGCUAAUCCCAACAUAUAGAGAAUUACAGUAAUCCAACCUGGAGGAUAUAAAGGCAUGGAUUACUUUUUCAAAAUUUUUGAAGGAGAGAAAGGACUUUACUUUUGCUAGCAUUCACAACUGAAAAAAGCAUGAUUUCACCACUAAAAUUUAUCUGCUUAUCAAAUUUCAGAGACUCAUCAAAGACAACACCCAGGUUUUUCACAGAUGUCUUCACAUAAGAAGACAGCCCAUCACGAUUUGCUUUGGGAUUAUGAAAUGAAUCUGAAGGACCAAAGACUAUAAUGUCUGUUUUACUCUCAUUAAAAUUCAGAAAGUUAACUUUACUAGUGCACAUUGCUAGUCUUGAUGUAAACAAUUAAUCAGUGCAAGUUAAACUUCCCUGAGGACGGUACUCCUCUGGUACUACUCGGGAACUUCUACAUCCACCUAGAUAAACCACAGUCUGCUGACUUCAACUCUCUGCUUGCCUCAUUUGACCUCAAGCUCGUGUCUACUACAGCUACUCACAAAUCAGAUCUGCUCCUCCUUCAGUGAAGCUCCUCCCACAACAAUCACAUCUUUAGUGAAGCUCCUCCCACAACAAGCACACCUUCAGUGAAGCUCCUCCCACAACAAUCAAACCCUCAGUGAAGCUCCACCCACAACAAGCACACCUUCAGUGAAGCUCCUCCCACAACAAGCACACUUUCAGUGAAGCUCCUCCCACUGCAGUUCAUCAAUAAAUGCUGGAAUAUUCCCAUCAGUCUACAAGUGAAGACGAGCAUCAAAGCAUCAGGAAGAAGAUAAAUCUGCAGAGACAGAGUUUAAUGAAGAACAGAGAGAACAUGAGAGAUCCAGAACCCUGCAGAAUCAAACACACUGAAGAACAAACAGCCAUGCUGGAGGAGAUUGAAGAGCAGAAACAUGAUGUCAAAAGUAGAGAAAAAACUUGUUCACAGAGUGAAACAGUUUCUUUACUGAAAAGUAGAGACAAGAAAAGUUUCAUCUGCACUCAGUGUGGAAAGAGUUUGAUAAGCAAACAGAGUCUCACGUUUCACAUGAGGGUCCACACUGGAGAGAAACCAUACACAUGUGAUCAGUGUGGGAAGAGUUUUACACAACCAUCAACCCUUAAGGAUCACAUGAACAUCCACACUGGAGAGAAACCGUUCACAUGUGAUCAAUGUGGAAAGAGUUUCACAAAACAAGGACACCUUAAGAGACACCUGGACAUCCACACUGGAGAGAAAUUGCACCCAUGUGAUCAGUGUGGCAAGACAUUUUUGAGGACUUCAGACCUGAAGAAUCACCUGAAAGUUCAUACGAAGGAGAAACCACAUUCAUGUUCUUUAUGUGGAAAGAGUUUUUCACAACUGUAUAAUUUAAAAGUUCACCAGAAAAUACAUACUGGUGUGAAAGAUCAUAUGUGCUUUGUGUGUGAGAAGACUUUUAUUACAACUGCAGAAUUGAAGCAGCACAAGAGGAUCCACACUGGAGAGAAACCUUACAAGUGUACACACUGUGAGAAGAGAUUCAGUCAGACAGGACAUCUGAAAUCACAUGAGAGGAUCCACACUGGAGAGAAACCUUACAAGUGUACACACUGUGAGAAGAGAUUCAGUCAGUCAGCACAUCUGAAAUCACAUGAGAGGAUUCACACUGGAGAGAAACCGUAUCACUGUACUGUAUGUGGGAAGAGUUUCAGUGAUUUAUCUUCUCUACGCAGUCAUAAAAUAAACUAUCACAUUAAGUAGUUUAUCUCCAGGUCCAGUGCUUUUAUGUGCAACAUCGCAUCUCUUCCAUAUUAAUCUGUCUUAAGAAACAUAAUUUAAAUUUGUCACAGUACAUCAAGUCCAUCUUCGAGACCUGCGGAUUCAUCUGUAAGAUUUAGAUCCACUCAGAGAUGAUGCUUCUUACCCAAAGAACAAUAUGUAAAAGUUUAAUUCUUGUAUACUAUAUCAU